UGGUGGAAGGCAAUGCUUUCCAAAGCCCAGAGUUGUGGACUUGAAGUAGCCCCAGAAGUUGUGGACUUGCCCAAAAUUUGCUCUUCUCUCCUUCAUUAGACAGAUCUGUAGCUCAAUGGGAACCUUUAUUGGUCAUGUGUACCCAGGGCUGUUUCUAAUCUCAUAUGGACUGUGUCAGGCAAUAGUAGUCUCCAAAGCUAUGAUAUUCAAAGACUCUCUCCUGGAUCCUUCAUGCCAUCCUAGGAAUAAGACAAGAUGGGCCCGGCUAUGGAAAAUAUCUUAUAGAGGUUUGCUGAAGAUGUUGGCUGGCUCCAUUUUGAUAGCUUAUGAGAUCAGCUGCAUUAAAGGAGGGUUGAUACUAAUGAACAGAGAACUUCCACCAAGAUUUCUGUACCCCAAAGAGUGGCAGCACCUCACUAUGUUCAUCCUCUUCACCCUCAAUGGCUGUGUAGAUGUCGUGAGCAAGAACUUGCUACCUCAGAGGUGUGUGGUCCUAGAGAAAGGUACCCUGGUCCUGACCUUCUACGUGCUCCUGCUGCUGUUGAUGUCACACGUCCAGGACUCAACCGGGAUAGAGCUUCAGAUUCAUUAUCUGCUCAUCGUGGUGGUGUUCCUGUUGAUGCUGGUGUUGACCAUAGAGCUGUGGACUCCUGACACAUUUCACCUCUUGCUGAUUGAGACUUUUCUGUUUCUGACGAUGGGCUCCUGGCUGAUACAGGGGGGCUUUAUUCUGUACAGACCAGUCACUGGCUACCCAUGGCAGGAUGAUGACGUCAGUGACAUCAUGUUUAUCACCACCUUCUUCUGUUGGCAUGUGAUGAUCAAUGCUUUGUGUCUGCUGGGAAUCUAUGGAAUCUCUUCCUUUUGGCAUCAUUGUUACUGUCCCAGCUUGAAGCUGAUGGAAUCCAAAGAAGCUCCACAUCACAAGGGCACUACAGGACCCCUCUACAAAUUGCUGCGGGAAGUGGAACAGUCAGAGAAAGAUGACCAGGCUCCUCUCCUUUCAAAGAGCUCUCCCUGAGACAGGGCCUAGAAUGCCUGGCACAUUGUCCACUCAUCUUCUCCCUUGUGUGUUCUCUCAGACACGUGCAAUGUACCCUUUUCGGUCCCCAGUGAAGGUAAUGGCCAUGAAGGAGAGCAGUUGGUCUCCAUCUGCUGGUACAUCUCCUGCCCUUGAUCUUCUAGUUGCUGAGGAGAUGAGGAGAGAGGAACCUGAGAAAGAGAUGCUGAUGGGAUUGGUGGGGUGGUAGAGAGAGCACCAGGGGAGUAGGAAAGUGUAAAAGCCAUGGGGGGCAGAGGAUGCGAUAGAAGGGAGGCCUUCAAAGGGAGGAGAGCAGAGUCUAGCAGUCAUGCAGCCACCAGCUACUUCUCUAGGCACAAGUGAUUGCCUUUUACCUGAAAGUAUAAUGAUUUGUCGCAAUUCAAAACUGGAAUCAUUCAAGUCUUAUCCUGAUAAAAGUGAGUACUUCAGUUUGCUCACUAAAGUUGCACUGCCAUGUGGAAGUAAUAUAAACAAUUUAUAAUUAAUUUAUACAUGUUGAAAUUAUUAUUUUUAUACCCCCUCCCAUUUUUAAGGAUUGCUUUCAUUUCAAAUCCAAAUUCAUAAAGCGAGACUUUAUUAAUGCUUUAACAUAGCAAUAUU